GUGACCGCGGUGAUAUGCUGGCGUGGUUACUGGACUUCACGUUAGUUCUUACUGUUUAUUUCCGUGUCAGUAAGAUUUGAAGAAAAUCACGGGAAGAACGUAGCUCGUAUCUCGCAGAAACAGUGAAGUAUUUGUAAAAAAUGACGGGUGUAAGUGGAGCAGCCAGCAUAACCGGCAGUCCGUUGUCAAAAUGGCAACUCGCACUAGCUGUUGGUGCGCCGGUUGCCUUGGGCCUCGGUUAUAUAUAUUACAAGAACGCCAAUAAGCCAGUAUCGAAACCUAAUCGUGGUAAAUUGAAAAGCAACUCAAAGGAAAAUGGUACAUCGGCUGCUGACAAACAAAUCUCUAUCGAUGUUGAUUGUCCACCGAAUACUGCAACCAAUUUUGAAAUUGAGUCACCAUUGGAGAAAGCUCAACGAUUUAAAAACAAAGGAAACGAUUAUUUCAAUACUGGAAGAUACGACGAAGCAAUAGUGCAGUACAAUAAUGCAAUCGAUACCUGUCCUGUGGAGAACACUGAUGAUUUAGCUACAUUUUACCAAAACAGAGCUGCUGCCUAUGAACAACUGAAAAAGUACAGUGGAGUGAAAGCAGAUUGCACAAAAGCUUUAGAAUUAAAACCAAGGUAUGCAAAAGCAUUAUUACGUAGAGCACGAGCAUUGGAACACUAUAAUGAUUUAGAAGCAGCUUUAGAGGAUGUCACAGCUGCUUGUUUUGUGGGAGCCUUCACUAACAAGACGGCGGUGGUAAUGGCAGACAGGCUCUUGGAACAAUUAGGUAAAAAGCACGCGAUUCAAUAUUCGUCACAUAUGAAGCAUAUAAUGCCUAGUAAACAUUUCAUUAAAAAUUAUAUUAAUAGUUUCCAUUAUGAUCCUGUUUUUACAAUGCUUCAAAACGACGACGACGACAACAGUAAUAUAUCUCCGAGUUUCGCAAAAAUUUUAAAAUGUGUAAAGGAGCAAAAAUAUGACGACGUAAUACCACUUUGUACAGAAGAGAUCGAUAGUUCCGAUCCAGAUACAUUGCCACACAAAAUGCAAGCGUUACUUCUACGAGCUACGUUUUACCUUUUACAAGCGCAGUAUGACGCUGCGAUCGAAGAUUUUGGAACAAUUAUAAACAGCGACAAUGUUUCAAAGGACAUUAAAGUAAAUGCCUUAAUAAAACGUGGUAGUUUGUAUAUGCAGGUAGAACGUCCUGAGAUAAGUUUGUCCGAUUUUGAUUUGGCCGUCGAACUCAAUCCUGAUUGUAGCGAUAUUUACUCGCUCAAAGGACAGGUAAAUAUGCGUACAGAUAAUAUUGAGGAAGCCAGAGAAAACUUUAAAAAAGCUGUUGAACUUAAUCCCAAUUUUGGGGUGGCAUAUGUACAAAAAUGCUAUACAGACUAUCAUUAUGGCAUGAUGAAGAAAGACAUGGGAAUGGUAGUAGAUGCUUUGAAUGAUUUUGAAAAGGCGUUUGAAAAAUUCCCAAACUGCAUCGACUGUUACAUUCUAUUUGCACAGAUAUUAUCAGAAAAAGAAGAAUAUUAUAAAGCAGAUACUUAUUUUGCUACAGCAAUGGAGAUAGAUCCUAAUGAUGCUCUAAUCUAUGUACAUAGAGGUUGGUUACAAUUGAAAUGGAAAGGUGAUGUGAAUAAAGGUAUUGAAUAUAUCAAUAAAGCUAUACAAUUAGAUGAUAAAUGUGAAUUUGGAUAUGAAGCCUUAGCAACGAUUGAAGCUCAGAGAGGAAAUCUAGAAGAAGCAAUACCAUUAUUCAACAAGGCGUUGGCGCUCUGCCGUACCAAUACGGAGCUUAUACACAUGUUCAGCUUAAUAGACGUCACAAAAACGCAACUUGCAUUAAAAGAAAAAGGUUUUGAAACAUUAUUAAAUAUACGGACUGUUUCAUAAAUUUUCAUAAAAGCUGUAUCGAUUAAAGUCAAAAUUUCAAAUAAAAGAUAUGUAUAGUUACCAGAAGUAAAGAAUGAAAUUUUAUAUAAGAUUUUAAUAGAAAUUUCAUAAUAUCACGCUUGUGAAUUGUUCUCA